AUGGAUAUGAUUCCAAGUUACGUAACUAUUGCAUGGCUUUUAACCAUCACAGCAAUCAUUGGAAACGGUCUGGUUAUUUAUCUCAUAAUCAUCACAAAACAACUUCACACGACAACAAACUGGUUUAUUCUGUCGCUUGCUGCGGCCGAUUUGUCUUUUGCCGUUUGUUUUUUUCCCGUGGCGUUUUUUUGUGAAACAACUUUCGCCUGCGACAACGUUCUCCGUGGCAUAAUUGCGUGGCAAUUCGCUACCAUCGCCAUUGCAAAUCUCUGUGCAAUGGCUACCGACAGAUAUAUCGUCAUCGUAACUCCAUUCAAAUACGUUCGUAUUAUGAACAAAAGACGAGUUCUCCUGCUCACUGGUUGCGCUUGGGGAGUACCCCCUCUUCUAUAUCUACCACCAAACUUAUACAUGCACUUUGUCGGCGCAACUGAGAACAUUCACCUUUUAUUCCAAGUCAUAUACAGUGUUCUCUUUGAGAUAUUGCCUUGCGUCUUUCUCUUAAGUGCGACGGGGAAAAUUCUGGUCAUAUCAAGACGUCUUUACCGACAGACUGCAAUAAUGCAUGCGCAAUUGCGUUUUAAUCAGAUUAAUCUCAGGCAGAACAAAGGACAAUUUUCCGCCACAAUUAUUAUUAUAGUGGUGGGGCUCUUCAUCUUGUUCUACACGAUGGACGUAGUGGGAUCUGCAUGUUUCUACUUUGAUGUCUGUGGACUAACUGAUGAAUUUCAUCACGUUAGAAAGCUAUUGUUGAUCGCUAAUUCCGCGGUUAACCCUUUCCCGUACGCUUUUAUCAAAAGAGACAUUAACAAAGAAUUUAAGAAAAUGUUUAAAUUUCGAAAAGAAAGGCCGUAA